AUGGGAUCUGACAUUGUGUGGUUGUCUCUCUUAAUGUUGUUCUCCCUGAGCAUGAGCAACAUCAGGCUGAUAUUGAGAAGCUACAUUUUCGACUUGUUGGAAGCUAAUUUUUCUAAUUUUUCAGAACCUCAUAAUGAAGAGGGUUCAACCUCCUUAUUGGAGAAUGCACUGCUACUGAUUGUGAGCCAUUGUUUCAUGUCCAUGCUGUCCCUACUUGUUUUCUAUGCCAGUAGAUUACGGGAGUAUGUGGAAAAGGGAGCAAUUUCAGAAUGUAUGAGAGAGUUAGUGUUACAUAAGGUAUCCAAGAUUGUCAUGAGUGAGAAACAAGAACGGUUCAACUUUGGAAUAAUUUCCACCAUUCUAUUUGAAGACGUUUCUACAAUUAGUAGCUCUAAAUAUGUCUUGUCGGAGACACAUUCUCACAUUGGAUAUUUAAUUAUGAGCUUCUUUACAAUGGUUUAUACAGUAGGAUUGUUUGCCUCAUGCUGCUCAUUUGUAUUUCUAUUGUUCACUGUUCCAGUUUAUAUUUAUUUCAUCAAAAAGCAAGAUACUAUGCGAAAAGAAAACCUUGAAAUAGCAGAUGAAAAGUCAUCUGUACUUUCUCAAUUUAUUCAUGCUAUCAAGCUGAUCAAAGUGUUUGCCAUCGAAAAUGUUUUUAUUAACAAAUUCGAAAAUAUUGAGGCAAAAGCCAGAAAGAACUUCAACUCGGAUAGUUGGAUUGCUUUUAUCAUUGAAUCUCUCUAUCACUUGCAAUCAUUCAUGGUUUCUUUCAUUUGCUUUUUUGUAUAUUCAUAUAUUGAAGGCAAACCCAUCACACUUGGAUUAGCCCUCACUGUGAGCAGUUUGUCAGAUUGUUUGAGGUGGCCUUUUUACAGCUUGUCUUCUGAUUUGAGACAAAUAAGCCAAAUGAGAAUAGCUUCCAAAAGAAUAGCCAAUCUACUCAUGUGUAAGGAACAUAAAUAUCACACUGAAUUCACAACAGAGGUUGGGGUGUUAGUAGAAAUGCAGAACGUCAGCGCAAAAUGGAAUUUUGAGCCUUGCAACAACAACACGUACGACAACUCAAUCAUUAGAAAUAUUUCAUUGAAAAUUCAUGAAGGAGAACAUGUGGCGCUAAUCUCAAAGGUUGGAAUGGGAAAGUCCACUUUGCUAUAUACCAUUUUGAAUGAGACAAACAUCAUUCAUGGCAAUGUUCGUAUUAAGGAAGGACUUUCUAUUGGUUUUGUUUCUCAAAAUGUAUGGAUACGAAACGGUACCAUUCGUGAAAACGUUGUGUUCUGUUCCAGCAAUUUUGACCAGAAACGGUACGAGCUUGCGUUAUGGGCUUCAGAUUUCGCUAUUGAUGUUGAGCAGAUGACCAAAAAAGAUGAUCAGAUGAUUGGAGAAAGAGGAAUCAAUCUCAGUGGUGGACAGAAAAUUCGCUUGUCCUUAGCACGAGCUCUCUACCAUGAUUGUGAUUUGUACUUGCUUGACGAUAUUUUCUCAGCCGUUGAUAUUCACACAGCAAGUAACAUUGUGGAUAGGCUUUUUCAGAGUGAGAAUGCCUUGUUGAAAAAUAAGAGUAUUCUACUAGUCACACAUCAAUUACACCUGUUAAAGAUGAUCGAUCGUACAUUUGUGAUGGAUAAGGGUGAGAUUAUUCAGCAAGGAUCUAACAGCGAAAUCAUUGAUAGCGAGAAUAUGUCUGAUACAUUGAAGGAUUUACUCUCUUCUACCCACAACGUUCAAGAUGAGACCAAAUCGAUAUUCCAAACAUCUCAACAUUUAAUGGAACAAAGUGAAAGUGAUGAGAGGGAAGAUGGCAAGUCUUCGUUUGAAUCUGUAUUAGAAGAAGUCAGAGAAGACCCAAAAAUUAUACAAAUCAUUGAAUUCAUGAUGUCUCUCGGCAGAAAGAGCUCCAUCUUUUUGUUAAGCAUUGUUACUCUUGGAUUAAUAGAACAAUUUGCUCCAGUCUUUAAGGACUAUAUACUUUCAUGCUGGAUUAUGGAUGAACACUAUGAACAACAUCCAUUAGUUUAUUAUUUUAGCCUAUACAAUGUGGGAGCGUUUUGCGAAAUGAUAUCCUACACGCUGAAUAGUGUAGUUGUUGGAUACUUUUUAUAUCUUGUUGGAGAUGUGUAUCAGUCGUUGAUUUUGGAAAAAUUAGCUCAAUCCAAGUUGAAGUUAUUCGAGACAGUCCCUUCUGGAAAAAUUAUUGAGAGAGUUUAUGACACUAGUGAGAUUCGAAACAACAUCAGAUACAUGUUUCAAUACUUUAUUUCGACUGCUUUUAAAGCGUUAGUUACCAUUGUCAUUAUACUCUUCACAGUACCUAUAUCUAUUGUAUUAUUUGCCAUUGUUGCUCCUAUCACCAAUUAUUAUAGAAAUACCUACUCCACUACGGAGCAACAAGUUUUAGAUUAUCAAACUUCAAAUCUUUAUGAUCCCACAUACACCAUCUCAAGUGAAAUUCUUGAGGGAAUUGACACAAUUCGAGCUUUUGACAGAGAGAAAAAGAUGACGGCUCUCAUUUCAGAAAUAAGAGAACGGAACCAUUUUAUCAACAAGUUAACUUAUUGUAAUGAGUUACUUUGGAAUUGGUUUUCGGUUAGAUGCGGUUUUGCUAAAGACGUAACAAUUUCUCUAAUUCUUUUAGUAAUUUUUUUAUAUUAUUACAAGUACUAUCAUGAGCAAAAUGUCCAUCUCUCCAAUGACACGAUGUCAACUGAAAAGAUGGUACCCAUACAAGUUGUUAUUGCUCUCUUCUAUCAGAGAGUUCAAGAUCUUAUUGACUCUUCAGAGACACUGUUUUAUACAUUUACAAAAACAGCUACUUCUUUUAGGCCAGUUCAAAGAAUUCUCGAUUUUGUGAAACAACUUCCAUUAGAUGGAACGCAGUCAGUUUUGGAAAAGCCAAAAGACUUACAUUUUGAAGGAACUGUUAUAUUUGACCGAGUGAGUAUGAAGUAUUCUCCAGAGUGUAAUUACGCCCUUAACAAUAUAUCAUUUAGCGUAAAACAAGGCGCUAAAUGUGGAAUUGUUGGAAGAACAGGAAGUGGGAAGAGUAGUAUCUUUAAUUGCAUUCUUCGAUUACAAGAAAUUGAGAAGAAUGAAGGAGCUAUUUAUAUGGAUGGAAUUGACAUUCGAGAAUUACCUAUUAGGGAUUUACGAAAGAGUAUUACUUUUAUUCCACAACAACCUAUUUUAUUUAUGGGAACUUUGCGAGAAAACAUGGACUUUGAAGGAGCGUUUAGUGACCAAGAAAUUAUAACAGCACUCGAACAGGUUGGAUUGCUACACACCUUAAAAGAAAAGUCUGCUAUUGUGAAGGGAGAGGAACAAUCCAUUCUUGAUAUCAAAAUCACUGAGAAUGGAACCAACUUCUCGAGUGGAGAGAAACAGCUCAUUUGUUUGGCUCGAGCUCUAUUGAGAAAAACAAAGAUAUUGCUGAUGGAUGAAGGAACUAGUAAUUUAGACAAUUUCACAGAUUCAAUUAUUCAAAAUACUUUACGUGGGCCACUUUUUUCCAACACCACUGUUUUGGUCAUUGCCCACCGAAUUGAAACAGUCAAGGAUUACGAAAAGAUCAUUCUCAUGAGCGAUGGUAUCAUUGCAAAACAAGGCUCAGCAGAUCAAGUGUUAAUGUCGUCAGAUGAGUUCAUCAUCGACUCCUCCUCAUCAUCUCUUAGUUUGGACACCAUCAGCUCAUCAACACCGUGUAAGAAACCAGAAGAACCUCAUGUACUCACUCAACACUUUCAAUCUCGGUCAUUGCAAAAGCUAUUGACCAAGAUUUGUGGCAUCAGUUAUGAUGGUGGAAAUUUAAUGAUGGAGUUACAUCGUAUUGAUGAUUCUUUUGAAAUCAAACCAUGUUGGUUGAAUAAUGAAGUCAUUGGUCAUAUCAUUGUCUAUUCCAAGUUCAAGACGGUAAUUGUGAAUUGUAUUGGAAGUAAGAGUAUUUUGGACUGGGUUUCCAACUUUUUAGAAUUUCAAAGCACCACUAAGAUGGAUUCAAAAAGCAACGUGGAAUAUCAAGUGUGUACAUGGACACACAGCGGUGCCAAUCUCAUGCUCUCAGAAUUCCAAAAGGUUUUCAUCUCCCUGUUGCAAAACCAUGAUGAAAACUCGUACCAAGUGUUUUGUUGUGGUCAUAGUAGAGGUGCAGCUAUUACUUCUUACACGGCAUUUCUCAUUGCAAGAGAGUUUCAAGAAGAAUUAGCAGGCAGUGUUUAUGUCAAAACUUUGGCUUGUCCUGCCUAUGCAUGUUCUGAAUUUCAGACUCUUUAUUUGUCGACCAUUCAUGAGAUGAAUAUUUGUAAUGUCCUUUCAAUAUUUGAUCCCAUUGGAUUGUUGCUGAUGGCUCGUUCCAUUCCUGGAGAAGUCUCGUUCAUAGAGUUUCAAAAUCCAUUGGGCUUUUUCAAUGUCUUGGUGCAACCGGCAGUCAACCUGUUACAAUGUGCUUCCGAGUUUUUGAGAAAUAUCUUGACAGCGCCAUCAUUGAUAUCUUGUUUGAAAAAUGUUGCAUGCGUUGGAUUCCAGAUAGUACUUGAACCAGGUGUGUUAGGUUCUAUUGUGAAAAGUCCAUUAAUGUUGUUCAUGAAAGCAUUCAUGAAUGUAGUUGGUUAUGUGAUUCGAGGAAAUGGACAUGGAGUCAAGCAUUACGAGGCUUUUGAGCGAGGCGUUUUUGAACAAUUAAGUUCCACCAUGGGAGAGUUUUUGAGCAACAUUCAAGAUGUAAGCAUGUCAAUUUGGAGACUAUUGUGGAAGUUUUUGGUCCAUUUAAAGAAUAUAGCCCUUGAUUGGAUGAAAAAAUUGUGUGACGAGCUUUGGAAUGGGCUUGCAAAGUUUUUUGACACAAUUGGUUCCUUCUUUAAUAAGCUUUCCAUUCAACAAUAA